AUGAAUGCUCCACUCACCCACGGAGAUCAGCAGAGCGACCGACAGGCUAGCGAUGGGAUCGAAGUGAGAGAGUCGAAGAAAGGCAGCUUUAUAAGCAAGAUCUGGGGCCGGUCGCGAAAAGACGUCAACAAUCGAGACAAGGAAAGGAUCUCAAAUCACGGGGCGCUGCAAGUGCCAACGUGGGUCCGCCGGCGGUGUCGCACGGCAGAAAAAAAGUUGGGUGAAACUUUUCGCAUCGUCGAUACCGACGAACCCGCCUUUUCUGCUUCCCAGGCCUUUAACCCCCCACGAGUCCCAGAAUUUGCACCGCCAGCGUCGUUUGUCGCUCAAGCGGCUGCCAGGGGAAUCAUGACUACUUUCGCUCGGCCUGUGGCCUCCUCCAUUGCGGGGAUUGAGUUUGGUGUCUACAAUGAUCAAGACAUCAAGGCCAUCUCGGUCAAGCGAAUCCAUAAUACUCCGACAUUGGAUUCUUUCAACAACCCCGUUCCCGGUGGUCUCUAUGACCCGGCUAUGGGUGCAUGGGGUGACCAUGUUUGCACGACAUGCCGCCAAACCUCAUGGUCUUGUACUGGCCAUCCCGGACACAUCGAACUCCCAGUUCAUGUGUACAAUGUCACGCACUUCGACCAGCUGUAUCGCUUGCUCAAGGGCCAGUGUGUCUACUGCCACCGUUUCCAGAUGAGCCGAACCAACAUCAAUUCCUACAGCUGCAAAUUGCGCCUGCUGCACUAUGGCUUGGUUGAUGAGGUAGCUGUUAUCGAUACGAUUGGCGGCAAGGGGUCCGACAAGAAGAAGGCGAACAAGGAUGGUGAAGGGUCUAGCAGCGAGGAAGAGGACGACGAUGACAUUAUCGCCCGCAGAAAUGCAUUUGUCAAGAAAUCUAUCCGCCAAGCGCAAGCAGAUGGAAGACUACGGGGUCUCAUGUCUGGCUCGAAGAACCCGCUCGCUGCGGAGCAGAGACGAGCACUUGUUAGAGAAUUCUUCAAAGACAUUGGUGCUGUGAAGAAGUGCGCCAGCUGCAGCGGACUCUCCCCGUCGUACCGUAAAGACCGGUCCUCGAAAAUCUUCCGAAAGGCUUUGCCCGAGAAGUCUAGACUUACCAUGACGCAAGCUGGAUUCCAAAUACCAAACUCCUUGGUCCUCCUCCAGCAGGCCAAGAAGCUUACCUCCAAGGAGAAGGCGGCGCUUGCUAACGGAGUUUCUGACAAUGUUAGCACCACUUCCGAAACACAUGGUGCAGAGGAAGAGGUUGCGCGUGGAAAUGCAAUUGUGGCCCAGGCUGAGAGCAGGAAACAGGCCGUUGGGGAGACCCAGCAGUUCAUGCCCUCUCCCGAAGUCCACGCUGCGAUGACGCUGCUUUUCGAGAAAGAGCAGGAAAUUUUGAGCCUUGUUUAUAACUCCCGACCUUUGCCGAAAAAGGAGUCCCAGGUUAGCGCAGAUAUGUUCUUCAUCAAGAACAUCCUGGUGCCACCGAACAAGUUCCGUCCCGCGGCACCGCAAGGGCCCGGUCAGAUCAUGGAGGCUCAGCAGAACCAGUCCUUCACAGCGAUCUUGAAGAACUGCGACAUCAUCAACCAGAUCAGCAAGGAGAGACAGAGCGCAGGCGCCGACUCUACUACGCGCGUGCGGGACUACCGUGAUCUCCUUCACUCGAUCGUCACCCUCCAGGAUACCGUCAACAUGCUAAUCGACCGUGACCGUGGUAACCUCAGCGGACCCGCCGCCGCCGCCGCUCCGAUGGGCAUCAAGCAGUACCUCGAAAAGAAGGAGGGUCUAUUCCGAAAGAACAUGAUGGGAAAGCGUGUCAACUUUGCUGCUCGAAGUGUUAUCUCGCCCGACCCUAACAUUGAGACCAACGAAAUUGGUGUCCCUAUGGUGUUCGCGAAGAAGUUGACCUACCCAGAGCCGGUGACGAACCAUAACUUUUGGGAGAUGAAGCAGGCAGUCAUCAAUGGUCCUGACAAAUACCCUGGUGCUUCGGCUAUUGAGAACGAAUUUGGCCAAGUCACCAACCUCCGGUUCAAGAGUCUGGAUGAGCGGACGGCGUUGGCAAACCAGCUGCUCGCCCCGUCAAAUUGGCGCAUGAAAGGAUCGCGUAACAAGAAGGUUUACCGCCAUCUCACCACCGGUGAUAUCGUCUUGAUGAACCGUCAGCCUACACUCCACAAGCCAUCCAUCAUGGGUCACAAAGCUCGUGUUCUUCCCAACGAAAGAACUAUUCGCAUGCACUACGCCAACUGCAAUACCUACAACGCAGAUUUCGAUGGUGAUGAGAUGAACAUGCAUUUCCCUCAGAACGAGCUCGCUCGUUCGGAGGCUAUGAUGCUUGCGGAUGCAGACCAUCAGUACCUUGUCGCAACAUCCGGAAAACCCCUGAGAGGUCUGAUUCAGGAUCACAUCUCCAUGGGAACCUGGUUCACCUGCCGUGACAGCUUCUUCGAUGAGGAAGAAUACUACCAGCUGUUGUACAGCUGCUUGAGGCCCGAGAACUCCCACACAAUUACUGAUCGGAUCCAGACUGUGGGCCCAACGGUGAUCCGGCCUAAGCGUCUCUGGACUGGUAAGCAGAUUAUCUCGACUAUCCUCAAGAACAUCAUGCCUUCCGACAGGGCUGGUCUCAACCUGAAGAGCAAGUCUUCGACCCCUGGAGACCGUUGGGGCGAGGGUAACGAGGAAGGUGAAGUUAUUUUCAAGGAUGGAGAGAUGCUUUGUGGUAUUCUCGACAAGAAGCAAAUUGGUCCCACAGCUGGUGGUUUGAUUGAUGCCAUCCAUGAGAUCUAUGGACAUACCAUUGCUGGUCGGCUGAUCAGUAUUCUCGGUCGUCUUCUGACGAGAUACCUGAACAUGCGUGCCUUUACUUGUGGUAUCGACGAUCUUCGACUGACCCCGGAGGGCGACCGCGUUCGUAAAGAAAAGAUUAGCGAAGCUGCUGCCAUUGGUCGGGAGGUUGCACUGAAGUAUGUCACUCUCGACCAGACUACUGUGCCCGACCAAGAUGCCGAGCUGCGGCGACGUAUGGAGGAGGUUCUCCGAGACGAUGAGAAGCAGGGCGGCCUUGAUAGUGUUUCGAACGCUCGCACCGCGAAGCUCUCGACCGAGAUCACCAAGGCCUGUCUUCCGAAGGGUCUGGUUAAGCCCUUCCCGUGGAACCAGAUGCAGUCUAUGACAAUCUCCGGAGCUAAGGGUUCGAGCGUCAAUGCCAACCUGAUUUCCUGCAACCUGGGUCAACAGGUUUUGGAAGGUCGCCGUGUACCCGUCAUGGUUAGCGGUAAGACUCUGCCAUCUUUCAGAGCAUUUGACACGAAUCCUAUGGCUGGUGGUUACGUCUGUGGUCGUUUCUUGACUGGUAUCAAGCCCCAGGAAUACUACUUCCACGCCAUGGCUGGUCGUGAAGGUUUGAUUGAUACUGCUGUCAAGACCUCUAGAUCCGGAUACUUGCAGCGUUGUUUGAUCAAGGGUAUGGAAGGCUUGAAGGCAGAGUACGACAGCUCUGUUCGUGAAGCCACUGAUGGCUCGAUCGUCCAGUUCUUGUAUGGUGAGGAUGGUCUGGAUAUUACCAAACAGGUCCACCUGAAGGAUUUCGAUUUCCUGGCAUCGAACUACGUGUCUAUCAUGUCUCAGGUCAACCUGACCAGCGACUUCCACAACUUGGAGAAGGAGGAGGUCGCGAACUGGCAUAAGGAUGCCAUGAAGAAGGUGCGCAAGACAGGAAAGGUCGAAGCCAUGGAUCCUGUCCUUUCUCUCUACCACCCCGGAGGUAACUUGGGAAGUAUCUCGGAGAAUUUCUCGCAAGCUCUUAAGAAGUACGAGGAUGCCAACCCGGACAAGCUUCUUAAGGACAAGAAGAAGGACGUGAACGGUAUCAUCAGCAAGAAGGCAUUCAACACUCUCAUGAACAUGAAGUACAUGAAGUCUGUCGUCGAGCCUGGUGAGGCCAUCGGUAUCGUUGCCGGUCAGUCUAUUGGUGAACCGUCCACCCAGAUGACCUUGAACACCUUCCACUUGGCUGGUCACUCGGCGAAGAACGUGACGCUGGGUAUUCCCCGUCUGCGUGAAAUCGUUAUGACUGCUAGUGCCCAUAUCAUGACCCCUACGAUGACCUUGAUCUUGAACGACGAGCUGUCUAAGGAGCACUCCGAAAGAUUUGCCAAGGCUAUCAGCAAGCUCAGCAUCGCGGAGGUUGUCGACAAGGUCCAAGUUAGAGAGCGUGUCUCCUCAGGCAGUGUCAAGGCUAAGGUUUACGACAUUGAUAUCACUUUCUUCCCUGCUGACGAGUACACCGCUGAAUACGCCAUCACGACGAAGGAUGUGCAGAACACACUGCAGAAGAAGCUCAUUCCUAAGCUUGUCAAACUCACUAAGGCUGAACUCAAGAAGCGUGUCGAUGAGAAGACCCUGAAGAAGUACUCCACUGCUCAGCCUGAGAUUGGUGCUUCCGUUGGCACCGUACAGGACGGACCCCGCGGCGCCGAUGCCGACGCAGAGCCGGCUGACGACGACGUUGAAGACGACGAGGACGACGCCAAGCGUGCACGGGGCACUCAGAACCGGUCCAACCAGGUCUCUUACGAAGGCCCGGAGGACGAGGAGGUGGACAUGGUCCGACAGCAGGAUGCUGAAGAAGACGAUGACGACGACGAGGAGGGUAACGCCGGCGAAAAGCGUGAUGUCGAGAUGGACGAUGCUUCUGAUGAAGAGUCGGAGGGCGAGACAAAGGACACCAAGCUGCGCGAAGAAGAUAUCAAGAACCAAUACCAGGAAGUCACGCAGUUCAAGUUCAACCCUCGCGACGGAGGAUCCUGCACUAUCCAGCUGCAGUACGACAUCGACACUCCCAAGCUCCUGCUUCUGCCCCUGGUGGAGGAUGCUUGCCGCAACGCAGUCAUCCAGUCCAUCCCUGGCCUUGGCAACUGCACAUUCGUCGAAGCCGACCCGAUCAAGGGUGAACCUGCCCACGUCAUCACUGAUGGUGUCAACCUGCUUGCCAUGCGCGACUACCAAGACAUCAUCAAGCCUCACUCCCUCUACACCAACUCCAUCCACGACAUGCUCAACCUCUACGGUGUCGAAGCCGCCCGUGCCUCGAUCGUCAAGGAAAUGUCCGACGUUUUCCAGGGUCACAGUAUCUCCGUCGAUAACCGUCAUCUGAACCUGAUCGGUGACGUGAUGACCCAGUCUGGUGGCUUCCGCCCCUUCAACCGUAACGGUCUUGUCAAGGACGGCUCAUCCCCUCUGGCCAAGAUGAGUUUCGAAACCACCGUCGGUUACCUCAAGGAGGCCGUCGUUGAGAGAGACUUCGAUAACCUCAAGAGUCCCAGUGCCAGAAUCGUCGUUGGUCGCACCGGAACCGUCGGUACCGGUGCCUUCGAUGUCCUUGCUCCUGUGGCGUAA